AUGCCGCUCAUGCUGGACAACGCCGUGCCUGUGGAUCUAAAUGAUGUGGACGAUCUCUUCGGCGAUGGCGUCGGCUUGUCGCUGCCGGACAGAGCCCAUGAUAGGUCGCUUGCACUCAAGCUUGAUGACGUGAGAAGUCGUGGCUGCUGCCAGACCGUCGCCUGGUCCAAGUCCGGGACAAUUGCAACCAUCACGCCGGAUGGCCAGUACUUGCAGCUCCGCUUCUUGCGGUGCAAUCCGGUCGACGGAUCCUGGGACCUCAGCCAGCCGACGACGUGUGAGCUGAUCAGGGGAUCUCAGGGCAUCCCCCUCGUUCACUUGGAGUGGGGUUCGGCCAACGUUCCCGAGCUUGCCAUCAUCGACGCCGUUGGGAGAGUGGUCAUUGUUAGCUUCUCGAUUUCGCUUAACCAUCCGUUCAUUACUAGGAAGUAUGACACCGAUAGCAUCGACGACGCGAAUGCCGUGGUAGGCGCACACUGGCUGGCUGUCGCACCACCUAAUCAGCAGAAACCGUACAAUGUGCUGUAUGGACCAGCCAUCAAGCAUGGCAGCUUCUACCAGUUCGAAAGCUCCUUUGUGCACGCUGGCGGGCCGAGCCACCCCCAUUCUUCCAAGAGUGCCCUGUUCUGCGUCACCAUUUGCGGCAUGCUGAAAAUGUUCUGGUCGCAGAACAACAACAGAAUGGAGGAGACGACGAUGGAACUUGAGAGCGUAAACUCGCUGGAUGAGCUCGUUACGCAUGCGGCCAUUGCCUCCGACAAGAGACAUCUGCUCGUUGCCGUUGCAACCUCGUCGAAGCAGCUGCGGCUGCUCAAGAUUGAGAUCCAAUGGGGCGGUCCUGGCUCGCAGCCGGACAAGAACCCUCCACAGAAUGCUCGGCUGAGUCCUUCGCUCGUCGAAAAACAUCUAGCCGCCACGACAUGGCUGCAGACAGGGCCCGGAGAUGCCAACAACGACGCUUCGAUGGCGGAGCUUUCUCACUUACACGUUCUACCAUCCAUCAUGGACAACACGGGAAAGAGCACCGUCCCGCCCAUGAUCGUUGCCAUCAGGACGCGCGCGCCCACCGCUGCAUCCUUUCAGACAGCCCAGACAAUCAUUGACCGCUGGGAAGCGGUAGUUGAGCCACGGCCCAACGUUCACCCGGCCUUUGAGCAGCUGGGAAUCCGGAGGAACAGCGACAUCCCCGAGCAGACGGCCCACACGCGGCUGCGACAACUGGACCCCAUCGUGAUCGACAAGGUGCUGGUUGGCUUCCAGUCCAUCCAGUUUGGAAAAACCCUGGUUCUGACCAUGUCCGACGGGACCGUGGAAUAUCGGGAUCGAUUCACAUUUGAAGAAGUCUACACGACAGAAGACCACAACAGAGUCAUGAACUUGCACCACGCUGGCUGGGUGUCAGAUGACGGGGUGAUCAAAUGGCGCAAGCUGCAUUACCCGCAUGGCGACAUUGGCGACUCUUACCAAGACGUCCGUUACGGCGCCACAAUGGCGGCCCUGACGGUGACGGCCUCACCUGCCUUGUGGCACCAGGUAAACUAUGAUGACCUUUUGGCCAUUGUCGCGCCGUACACGUCCAAGAAGCGGUUCAUCCAAGACUGGAUAAUUGAGAUAACCAAGCUGCUCAAGAUUCAGGUCGACUACUCUGAGGAAACCCACCAUGACUCCCUGAUGAGGAACUUGCCGCUUCAGUGCUGCCUGAGCAUCAUGAACAGCCUGGGGUUCAAGGGAGAGAUGAAUCCGAGGUCGUUCCAGGGCAAGUUUGCCAUGAUCGACCUCCAUGUGCGCAACGUGGUUGUCCUCAUUACCCUCGCGAUCAACACGCCAGUGACGGUGCGAGAAAAGAUGAGCCCCAUGGAUGAACAUGAGGUUGUUGAAGCAGUGGCCGGGUGCGCUAAGUGGUCUCUGGAUCUGCUGGCAUGGCUCACCGACAGCCUAUUCACACUCAUGAACGACAGCGAGUUCAUGGCGCGACUGGAACCUAAGCGGUUUCCGGAGUUGACACCAUAUUUGCAGACGCUCAACGAUGUAUCUCUCCACCUGCUGCUCUCGUCUUCCAGCAGAAGCUUUUUACUCUGCGUGUGCCGAAGGAUUGCCCAUCUGCAGGCGAUGAGCGAACGGGCCAUUGACUUUUACCGAUCGCAGUCGGCAACGGUCGACCAAGCAGGCCACCUGAAGGUGCAGAAUCAACCGCUUCAGCAGGCCUAUCAGAAAAUGCAGCGGAUCACUGCAGCCAGCCUGGUCAAGGUUGCCGAUUUUGAGAAGCUGCUGAACACGCUCAGCGCGGACGUCCGACAGAUAUAUCAGGCGAUUCUCCCGAACAUUGUCAAGCAUCAGAACCCCGCCGCGCAAGGAAAGCAACUCGACCUAUUGGUCAAGGCUGCGCAAAGCCAGCUCGAGCUGACCGCAUUGUUGGCGGCGAAUCCGCCCACUCCUUUCUUGCCCGUCAUCAAGAAGUUCUUUAGCAAGGACCUGCCUGCGUUCCGGAGCAACACUGAUCCUGCACGGCUCUACUUUGCAAACUACGACCUCCUCGGCGUCCAGGACGACAAGGCAAGCUUGAGGGCCCGGGAGGCGAGGCACGUCUAUAUCGACCUGUUUAAGAAGACGGAGAUGGGGCUCGAGACUCAGCAGUGGAGGAGAUGCACGCGUUGCGCGUCGGUUAUGGAAGACGUGUUUGGCACUCGUGCCGGCCUCACCUUUGUCCUGGGGCAACAGCGCAAAUGUGCCUGCGGUGGUCACUGGGCCUUGUUGCCGAGGGGGAAGCUGAUACUGUGA